GCCCGGGACGCCCGAGCCUGCCCCGAGCCUCGGCGGAGCGGAGUGGCCUCGGCGCUCCCGUGUCCCGCUCGGUCCCCGCUGCACUCCGCCGCCCAGCAGCCCGGCGGACGGCGGCUCCCGAGGCGGCCCCGGCAUGACUCGGCGGCGCUCGGCUCCGGCGUCCUGGCUGCUCGUGUCGCUGCUCGGUGUUGCAGCAUCCCUGGAAGUGUCCGAGAGCCCAGGCAGUGUCCAGGUGGCCCGGGGCCAGACAGCAGUCCUACCCUGCGCCUUUUCCACCAGUGCUGCCCUCCUGAACCUCAAUGUCAUUUGGAUGGUCAUUCCCCUCUCCAAUGCAAACCAGCCCGAACAGGUCAUUCUCUAUCAGGGUGGACAGAUGUUUGAUGGUGCCCUCCGGUUCCACGGGAGGGUAGGAUUUACAGGCACCAUGCCUGCUACGAAUGUCUCCAUCUUCAUCAAUAACACACAGCUGUCAGAUACCGGCACCUACCAGUGCUUGGUGAAUAACCUUCCAGACAGAGGGGGCAGAAACAUUGGGGUCACUGGCCUUACGGUGUUAGUCCCCCCUUCUGCUCCACACUGCCAAAUCCAAGGAUCCCAGGACAUCGGCAGCGACGUCAUCCUUCUGUGUAGUUCAGAGGAAGGCAUCCCUCGACCCACUUACCUUUGGGAGAAGUUAGAUAAUACGCUCAAGCUACCUCCAACCGCCACUCAGGACCAGGUCCAGGGAACAGUCACCAUCAGGAAUAUCAGUGUCCUCUCUUCCGGUCUGUACCAGUGUGUGGCUUCUAACGCCAUCGGGACCAGCACCUGUCUCCUGGACCUCCAGGUUAUCUCACCCCAGCCCCGGAGCGUUGGAGUAAUAGCCGGAGCCGUUGGCACCGGUGCUGUUCUUAUCAUCAUCUGCCUUGCACUAAUUUCAGGGGCAUUCUUUUACUGGAGAAGCAAAAAUAAAGAGGAGGAAGAGGAAGAAAUCCCUAAUGAAAUCAGAGAGGAUGACCUUCCACCUAAAUGCUCUUCUGCCAAAGCAUUCCACACAGAGAUAUCCUCCUCAGAAAAUAACACGUUGACCUCUUCUAAUACCUACAACAGUCGAUACUGGAACAACAAUCCAAAACCCCAUAGAAACACAGAGUCGCUCAACCACUUCAGUGACUUACGCCAGUCUUUCUCUGGCAAUGCUGUUAUCCCAUCAAUCUAUGCAAAUGGAAACCAUCUGGUCUUGGGUCCACAUAAGACUCUGGUAGUUACAGCCAACAGAGGGUCAUCACCCCAGGUCAUGCCCAGGAACAAUGGUUCAGUCAGCAGGAAGCCUUGGCCUCAACACACACAUUCCUACACCGUAAGCCAAAUGACCCUGGAGCGCAUCGGUGCAGUACCCGUCAUGGUGCCUGCUCAGAGUCGGGCAGGGUCCCUGGUAUAGGAUGACUGAGGAUGCUGUUGUUCAGAAGAGAAUAAACUAAACGGACUGCCUUCAGGCAAGGGGGAGAGUGGGAUGGGUGAGUGCUGGAAAGAUAAAUUUUUGUUACGAUUCCAUUAGCAAAAAGCACAAAGAAGAAGGCUGUGAUGCUCUUCUCUGGUCACUGAGUGUGUGACAUGGCCUGGAGCUAUUCCAUCACGAAGACUCAAGAAGACUGUCUCCCCACCACAGUUGUCCUGAGAUUCAGUUAAAACAAACAUGCUGCAUCUGGAGAUGUGCCAAGCCAAGGAGGAUGCUCGAAGCUGAGUAGCACUUACCACCCAAACUGUGGUCCAGCUGGACCUGUUCUUUAAUUCUUGCCUAACUUAAUAAUUUCCGGGACCCUUAAGUGCCAGGUGGAAUUUACAUAAUGAAAUUAUUAAAAAAAAAAAAAAAUAGGUGUCCUUAGUGGGAAAACCAGGAGCAAGCUUGCGGUAUGGUCUGGUCUGCCUCCCACUCCCUUUGAUGGCACUAGUGACGUAUUCCAUCUGGGCUGGCUUUAUUAAAGCAUAGAGGCAAAGUUAUUCAGAACACUGGCUAGAGAUGGGAAAAAAAUAAGGAAAUUUCUUGUGAACACCUUACACACAUAUUUAUUUCCCUCCUGAACCGUGAACUUUGUCUUGGGGAUUUUGCUAUAUUGACAGAUUCUUGUCUGUUACACUCUGGGAUCUCUUACAGGUCCAUGGCAAUUACUGUUCAUGAUUUCCUGAAAAAAAAAAUAUUUUUUUAGAAGAAAACUAUUUUUUUUAAAUACUAGAGAGACAGUGGACUAGGAAAGCAAGAACUUAACACCUUGCCCAGUGAUUGUAUUCAGUGACUCAGCAGAGGGCCCACCACAGAAGGAUUUUAGGGGAUGGAGUAGGCAAAACCAGUUGGAGCCAGGUGGGAGGGGUCUUUGCGUUGCCAGCAGUGCCCCAAAGAAGCAAGAUUGUGUGUGACAGCUUUGCUGUCACACAGGCCACUGUUAAUGAGGACAGCGCCUGAUGCCUUUUGUACUGAGGAAGAUAAUUGCCUCUUGUUCGACAAGUAGAGUCUAGUAGGUUAUUACAGAAAGGGCAAGGGUUGUUUUGGUUUUGUUUCUUUCAAAAGGAUAUUUUUUUUUGCAAAAGAAUAAUGAGGGUUAGACAAAUGGGGGACCUUCUUGUGUGCUCUUGGGGGUCUGCUCAUCAUCUGGAAAUUUGGGUGCACGAUUUUCCCUGAACGCAUUGCAUACAAGUGUAAAAAGACUCUGUCUCCCCCCUUUUCGGCUGAUUACUUGGCUUGGCUGGCCUUGCAAUUUACCAGAUUCAUUUACAGACUCUGCUCUAUAUCACAGUGUGUCUGUCUGGCUGUCCUUGUAUUGGUGACUCUCUUGCCUUAAUCACUUUGCUUUAGGGCAACUCAUGGUGAUUUCUUCCAAGAUUUGUUUUUUAAUUGUUUGUACUACUGAGCCCACAACUUUCAGAGGACAUCUUUUUUUCUUCUCCUUUCUUACAUUGCUUUGUCCCUUUUCUGCUAUACUUCCUGCCUCCUUUCCCUGUCCGGUGGGCACAGUCAUCACAGGCUGCACAUAUUUUUCCAAGAGGGACACUCGGGAUGUCCGUCACUUGUGGCCGUUUCAAUAUUGAUAAGAAGAUGAAUUUACUAUAGUGUUACCUCCCCACCACCAUUUGAUGAUUCUUGACUUUGUAAAAAUUUAAAUAAAUGAAUGUCUAUACUUUUUAAGGAAAAGUGAGAAUACCAUGUCACAGAAAAGAUAAAACUAUUAGAACUGUUUAGAAAGCAUUUAUCUUGCAUUUCUUUAUUCUUUCUAAUUACCUAAAAUUCAAUAAAAGUUUAUUCAU